UGUGGCGGGGGCGGCUUCGGGUGUCGGGCGAUGGAGGAGCCUAAUGUGGGUGGAGGGGCCGCGGCGGUGCCUGAGGGGGCGGAUCCGGCUGGCGGCGGCGGCGGCGGGCCGGGCGCCCCGGCGUCUCCUUGGAGGAAGACCACGCCGCCGCCUGUGGCGGGGGAGGCGGUGGUCAUGGGGGCCAAGUCGUGGCCCGCGCUGGAGGAGGCUAGGCAGAAGGUUGCCGCGGAGGCCGCGACGAGGUCCUGGGCGGGCAAUGCUGGCGGCGGCGAAGCGGCGAAGGGGGCGCAGGUGCAGCAGCCGUCCCCUCCCCCGCCACAGCCGCAGGCAUCUAAUCGCACACACAAGUUUGAUGGCCAUGGAAAUCCCAACAAGAAUAAUCAAGCAUACCAUAAAAAUGGCCCAAAGAGACGUCCUCCUGCUGCAAAUGGGCCUCCAUCUUAUCCUGCGGCGAUGCCAUAUCACCAACAUCCAGGGCAACCUUUUUACUACCCUGUUAUCCCCAGUCCAAUGAUAGUACAUGAAUAUCCUUACCCACCUUUUGCUGUUCCGGUUCCAAGUCAUGACCCGCAUGCUGGAAAAUCUGGAUAUGAGAACUCUAUGCCUCCUUUUGCUCCACUAGAUCAAGCUGGUGGUAAUGAAGGUAACAGGCCAGUGCCUCCACAACCGAGGGGAGACCUUCAUGCUUGGCGGCCUCCUGUUGGUACCCAUGGCGCAAGACCCCAUUCUGGUCUUGAAGGCCGUGGCCAUUUUAAUCACAAUUGGCAAAACCCUCAGAUGUUCGGUACUAGGGAAAACACAAGUGUACCACAAGGUGUUGGGCCAAGAGCUUUUAUGAGACCAAUGGGACAUCUGCCUCACCCUGUUGGAUACAUAAAUGGUCCACCAUACCCUGGGCCUAUGCCUCCCGUGUAUUAUUACAUGCCUGCUGUACCCAUGGAGCCAAUGAGAGGUCCACCCCGUUUUACCCCAAAUCAACCACCUUCUCAUCCUGUUUUAUCUCCUGAAGCAGCUGAUUUAAGAGCUAAAAUACUAGCUCAAGUGGAGUACUAUUUUAGUGAUAGUAAUCUGGAUCAUGAUAAUUUCCUUAAAUCCUUAAUGGAUGAACAUGGCUGGGUUCCAAUUUCCAAAGUUGCAGACUUCAAUAGGCUUAAGAAAAUGGCUACUGAUAUACAACUGAUUGUAGAAGCAUUGGCAAUCUCAACUCUUUUAGAAGUUCAGGAUGGUAAUAUAAGGCGGCGUUCUAACUGGUCGAAGUGGGUUUCCUUGUCUGGGACAUCUCUUCAGAGUCCAUCAUCGACCAGUAUGGAUAACACUACUGGUGAAUGUAAUACUGGUCCCUUCUCAAAUAAGGAUUAUUAUUCUGAAGAUGAAAAGAAGCAUCCUCAUCCUGGCAGCACAGAUUGUGUUGGUAUGGAGACAAAUGUUUCUGAUGAGCCAUCACAGGAUACACUCACUAGUUCAGUCACAUCACUGAAUAAGGGCUUAUCAAACAUUAGUAUUGAUAAUAAGCCUAAGAACAUUUCUGCAUGCUCUGUGAACUCACAAAAACAUGAAGCUGCUUUUAGGACUGGUGAUGUUAAAGUUCAUAAAGUAAACACAAACAUAAAAGUGCCUGAUUCUCAGAGUGAAAGAGGUUUCUGCAAUGAUUUGCCAAGUGACUCUCCUAGAUUCAGCGGCGAUCAAAGCACAUUCUUGCUUGACGAGGAAUUAGAAUUGGAACAUGCAGAGUUUUCACAAGAUAUCUAUUCACAUAAAAGGGUUGAUGAUGAGGAAGACGAUUUUUAUGUUGACGACCAAGAUGUGAACAGACUAAUAAUCGUUACACAGGAUGGCAAAACUUGCUCAAGUGUACCUCAAGCAUUUUCAAAAGAGGAAGUUUCAAGAAUCAACGAGGGCUUAUAUUACUAUGAGAAUCACGCUUAUAAUCAAAGAAGUUUCCACGCUGGCACCAUAGACAUUGAUUCUAAACCAGCUGGUGGUCCAAAAGGGAACCCGACUAACAUUGGAACUAAUGGAAUUGAAGAAUCUGGACAACCUAUCCCACGAAGGCGGCAUAGCAGAGGCAAUAGAAAAGCACAGUCCUCGCAUAAGCAGAGGUUCUUUCCCGGUAACUUUGCAAAUAACCCUAACAACCGAUCUCACUAUGGCGGUGUAUCAGAGAGCCCCCCAAGCAAUUCAAUUGGAUAUUUCUAUGGAUCUACUCCAGAAAACCACAGCUAUAGAAGUUCAAGGUUGAGCUCAUCUCCUCAUGGAGUCCCUACUGGUAGUUCACCUGUUGGUUCUGUGCCCAAAUCUUUCCCACCAUUUCAGCAUCCAAGUCAUCAGCUUUUAGAGAAAAAUAAAUUCCAGCAGCAAAGGUACAAUAAGUUCAAAAAUCGAUGCCUCACUGAACGCAAGAAGUUAGGAAUUGGUUGCAGUGAGGAAAUGAAUUCACUAUAUCGUUUUUGGUCGUAUUAUCUGAGAGAUAAUUUUAAUGAGGACAUGUACAAACAUUUUAAGAAGUUUGCGCUAGAUGAUGCGGCAGCAAAUUAUAGAUAUGGACUUGAAUGUCUCUUCAGAUUUUAUAGUUAUGGUUUGGAGAAAAACUUCCAACGCAAUGUGUAUGAAGAUUUCGAGCAGCUGACACUUGAAUUCCAUCACAAGGGUGAUAUUUAUGGACUUGAAAAAUACUGGGCUUUCCACUAUUUCCGAAAUAAAGAUAGCAGCCCCAUUAGCAAGCAUCCAGAGUUGGAGAGGCUCCUAAAGGAGGAAUUCCGAACCAUCGAGGACUUCAAGGCACGGAGGGCGCCGGACAAAGAAGCCGGCAACAGUAACAGCAACACGGCUCCUGCAGCCGCAGGCCUUAACAAGGCUGAUGCCAAGUAGGCCCUAGCAUGGCAUGAAAUUUUGGUGGUCAUCCCACAGAAAGGAGAAAGUAGCGACCGUUUUUGUUUGGUGAAAAACUAAGGAUUUGAGUAGACACCUGUGCAGAUUUUGUUCUCCCCUGCCGACGAUGCUUGUGUGGCCGUCCAGGAAAUUUUCCCUCUUGCAUUUUUUGCCAUUACCUUCCUGGCGCCAGUGGGAUUUGUACAUAAAGAUAAUAAUUACCUGUUGAUUAAAAUGGACAAAUAAUAUAGCCUGGAGUUAAAAAAGACAUGGCACUGUCGUCCUGUCUUUGGUUUACCCGUUUACU